AUGAGGGUGGGAUACUGGGACAGCAAGGCUGACCAGCACGUGGCAGACAGCGUGAAGAUGACCAGCGAAAUGGCUAGCAGCACCGUGCCACCUGCACCAUUCAAUCCGGCCAGCCAGGACUGGGAGUCCUACAUUGAUCGUUUCCAAAUGUUCUUCGAAUCGAACAACCUGAAAGACCCCACCAGCAGCAAGAAGCAAGUGGUCUUUUUGACACACUGCGGACCCGCUGUUUUUAAAAUGGCCAAGGUGCUCGCGAAGCCCGCUGAUGUCAAGACUAUGGACUGGGACAACCUAGCUCCCAUCCUCCGAAACCACUACGCCCUGGCUGUACCGACCCUUAUCAGAAGGCAUGACUUUUACCAGCAUGAUCAGUGUGAGGGUGAAAGCAUCAGUGAGUUCGUAGCUGACCUGAGAGACCUAGGGGACUUAUGCGGGUUCUCUAACCUAGAUGAGGCCAUGCGAGACCGGGUCAUCCUCAGCCUAAAAGAUCCAGCACUCCAAAGCAGAUUGAUGGCCAAGGGUGAUAUAUCCCUCGCCGAUGCCAUAGCCAAAGCCACUGCAGCCGAGGCUACACAUAAGUCAGCAGCGCGAAUGCAGCAUUUGAAUGGUACCAAUCGCAAAUCCACCAGAGGUGUGUUGAGAAACUCUAGUAUGCUAAGUCAGAUCCAUUGGUGUGGCUUGAUAUGUUGGAGACCUCUUUUAGAGGAUUUUUUGGCUGCUGAUGUUUUAUUCAUACUGAUGUUCCCAGUGAUCAAAGUGAAUGCCCUCAAGUGCCCAGAAUCUGAUCCUAUUCCUAUUCCACAUGAAUGGUUCCAACCAGGUGAUCUCCUCAUCGGAGGGAUUGCUUCACAGCAUCUUUAUGGCUUCAGUGAACAUACAUUCAAAGAACACCCAUCUCAGGACCUCUAUGGACUUUCAGAUCUCAUCACAAAAUUUUACCAGCAUGUCCUUUCCUUUGUCUUCACUGUGAAGGAGAUCAAUGACAAUCCACAAAUCUUGCCCAAUGUUACCUUUGGAUUUCACAUCUAUGACAGCUACAAUAAUCCAAAGAUGACUUAUCGGACCACUCUGGACAUGGUCUUCAAAUCACAUAUAUUUGCCCCCAACUACAGAUGUGGCACCAGGAAAAAUCUCAUGGCCAUCAUUGGAGGACUUGGAUCAGAUACUUCAUCCCAUAUAGCAGACAUGGUAGAUUUUUACAAGAUUCCACAGCUCCACCCAUUUCUUCAAGGCACUUCUUUCAACAACUCAGCAGGAGAAGGAGUGUCCUUUAAUGAGAAAAGGGAAUUUGCAGGAGGAUUUGAUAUCAUCAACAUGAUCGUUUUUCCAAACAAGUCCAUCCGGAGUGUGAAAGUUGGAAGACUAGAUCCAGAUGCAUCUUAUGGAAAUGAAUUGAUCAUUAAUGAACAUCAGAUUGAAUGGCACAGAGGUUUUAAUCGGGUUCUUCCAGUUUCUCUGUGUAAUGAAUAUUGUCACCCUGGAUAUUGGAAGAGAAAAUCUGAAGAGAAAAGUUUCUGCUGCUACGACUGUGUUGCAUGUCCACAGGGAAAGAUUUCAACUGAGAUAGACACCGAAGAUUGUUUCAAGUGUCCUGAGGAUCAGUAUCCAAGCAAAGUGCAAGAUCGAUGCCUUAACAAAACAAUGAGUUUCCUGUCCUUUGAAGAACCUUUAGGAAUCAGUCUAGCCUCAGCUGCUGUUUCCUUUUCCUUCAUGACAAUCAGUGUGCUUGGAAUUUUCCUUAAGCGUAGAGAUACCCCCAUUGCCAAGGCCAAUAACCGGGACCUCACUUACACUCUCCUUAUUUCCCUCUUACUGUGCUUUCUCUCUUCCUUGCUAUUCCUUGGUCAGCCAGGGAAAGUAACCUGCCUUUUCCGGCAACCAGCAUUCAGCAUCAUCUUCUCCGUUGCUGUUUCAUGUGUGUUAGCUAAAACUAUUACGGUGGUUGUAGCUUUCAUGGCUACUAAACCAGGUUCUUCAAUGAGAAAAUGGGUGGGAAAAAGAUUGGCUCUUUCCAUUGUCUUUUCUUGUUCUUUUCUUCAAGCAGUUCUUUGCAUUAUAUGGUUGGCAACAUCUCCUCCCUAUCCUGAGUUAAAUAUGCAGUUCCUGAUGGAAACUAUGAUUCUGCAAUGCAAUGAAGGUUCCAUCUUCAUGUUCUAUUGUGUGCUGGGCUAUCUGGGCUUCUUGGCCAUCGCCAGCUUUAUUGUGGCUUUUCUUGCCCGUAAUUUACCUGAUAGCUUUAAUGAAGCCAAGUUCAUCACCUUCAGCAUGUUGGCUUUCUGCAGUGUCUGGAUCUCUUUUGUUCCAACCUAUCUGAGCACCAGAGGAAAAGCCAUGGUAGCUGUGGAGAUCUUCUCCAUCUUAUCCUCCAGUGCUGGAUUAUUGGCAUGCAUCUUCUUCCCAAAAUGCUUCAUCAUUGUGUUGAGGCCAGAACUCAAUAGCAGGCACCAACUAAUCAAACGAAACAAUUAA